UGGGUGAGGAAGAUGGCGGCCGCCGUGGUAGCUGCGCCGGGAGCGGGGGCAGAGCCCGCCUGGGGCCCGCAGGCCCUUUCCCCCGACUGGGGAAGCCGGGGAGUCUCCACAGGGACAACUAUCAUGGCGGUGCAGUUUGACGGGGGCGUGGUUCUGGGGGCCGACUCCAGAACGACCACCGGGUCCUACAUUGCCAAUCGAGUGACUGACAAGCUGACCCCUAUUCACGAUCGGAUUUUCUGCUGCCGCUCAGGCUCCGCGGCUGAUACCCAGGCGGUCGCUGAUGCGGUCACUUACCAGCUUGGCUUCCACAGCAUUGAGCUGAAUGAGCCCCCUUUGGUACACACAGCAGCCAGCCUCUUUAAGGAGAUGUGUUACCGGUACCGAGAAGAUCUGAUGGCGGGAAUCAUCAUUGCGGGCUGGGAUCACCAAGAAGGAGGGCAGGUAUAUUCAGUGCCCAUGGGGGGCAUGAUGGUAAAGCAGCCCUUUGCCAUUGGGGGCUCUGGGAGCUCCUACAUCUAUGGCUAUGUCGACGCGACCUACCGGGAAGGCAUGACCAAGGAAGAGUGUUUGCAGUUCACUGCUAACGCUCUCGCUUUGGCCAUGGAGAGGGAUGGCUCCAGUGGAGGAGUGAUCCGCCUGGCAGCCAUUGCAGAAUCAGGGGUAGAGCGGCAGGUACUUUUGGGAAAUCAGAUCCCCAAGUUUGCCAGUGCCACUUUGCCACCUCCCUAAAUCCAGGAUACAAUAAGAGACACCUAUGGUGAUGCAAAAUUCAAUAAAGCGUGGUAAAGGAAA